AUGGCGCCAUCGAGAACGAGGACGGUAAAGAAUAAGCACGCAGCGAAUAAAUCGGGGGUCAGCUCGAGCAAGUCGUCAAAAGGCGGUCCUCAGAAUGGCGUCUCGAAAACGAAGCGCAAAGCUACGCCGAUUACGAAGCAGGUGAGGGGGAAGAACCUCGUCGACCUGAUGAAGAAGAAAAAGAAGAAGGUCUACACGGAGAAGGAGCUCGGCAUCCCGGAAUUGAACAUGGUGACACCCAUAGGCGUCGCCAAACCGAGAGGGAAGAAGAAGGGCAAGGUUUUCGUCGAUGACAAGGAGAGCAUGAGCACGAUCUUGGCCCUUGUGCAGGCCGACAAGGAGGGCGAGAUCGAGUCCAAGAUGGCCAAGGCCCGGCAAAUGGAGGAGAUCCGCGAGGCGAGGCGAGCAGAGGCGGAGAAGAAGGAACAGGAGAGGAAGGCGAAGCUCGACACCACCAAGGAUUCGCUGAGGAGGAAACGGAAGCGGACUAAGUCGUCUGGUAACGAUGGGGGCGGGGACGAGGACGGCGCCGGAAUCAAAGAUGUGGCAUCCACAGGGACGAAGGCCGCGAAGCCAAAGAAGAAGAGAGUCUCGUUUGCCUAAGACACCGACCGGCGCACGCGCGCGGAUAAGAGGGAUGGCGUUAGGGUUUGGCGUUGCUCUGGGAUAUCCUCGUCGAGAAAACAUGCAUGUGUAUAUAUUGAGGGACGACACUAAGCAUGGCGUCGAAGCGUCUUUUCAUGAUACCCCCUCCCCACCCAUACAUGCGCUAUCCCGUAUAGCCAUUGUUUUGGCACAUACUGGUGCGCAAAUACCUUACCCCUGGGUUUACACACCGAUACGCGCACGUAGGCGCACGUGUAU